AUGGCCGACCAUGGCCAUCCGGGCUAUGUCCACGAGCUACCCGCCGAACCUGUCGUGGAGUCAUCCAACACUCGUCCCCCAACUACUGGGAUGAGUGGUAUCAAGUUGAAUGAUGCAGGUCGCGUAGAUAUCGAUUGGGACUCAAACUUCGUGCGGACCCUCUCAAAGCUGUACACCGGCCCUUUCUCACGCGCUGAUACACCACCACCCGAAUACUCCGAACUACCGACGCAGGGUGCCGAGGCUCAAGAUGUUUACCCAGAUCGCAUAUCCGAGCACUUGGAGUCAAGUGGAGAAUCUGGAAAAAAUUGGGUCGCCAAAUUGAACAUUGUGAUUCAAGUCGUGGGGAGCCGAGGUGAUGUUCAACCAUUCAUUGCCCUCGGCCAUGAACUCAAGCGAUAUGGACAUCGCGUGCGCUUGGCCACACAUGAUAGGUUCGAAAGUUUCGUGAGGGAUUCCGGGUUGGAGUUCUACCCAAUCGGAGGCGACCCAAAAGAGCUAAUGGCAUACAUGGUGAAGACCCCGGGGCUGAUACCUAGCAUGGAGAGUUUUCGGGCCGGUGAGAUUCGUCGCAAGCGCAUCAUGAUCCGGGAAAUGCUGGACGGGUGUUGGGAAUCAUGUAUCAAGCCGGAUUUGGUGACAGGUCACCCAUUCGUGGCUGAUGCGAUCAUCGCAAACCCACCGAGCUUUGCACAUGUGCAUUGUGCUCAAGCCCUCAGCAUUCCGGUACAUCUGAUGUUCACAAUGCCUUGGAGCCAGACAAAGUCUUUUGCACACCCAUUAGCCAACUUCAAGGCAGAUGAUUCAGAUCAGGGGCUCAAAAAUUACAUCUCGUACGAUCUUGUCAACUGGCUUACAUGGCAGGGGGUAGGCGAUGUAGUGAAUCGAUGGCGGAAAGAGCUUGACCUGGACACAGUGGCUACGUUCGAAGGUCCUCAUCUUGCUGAAAUUCUGAAAGUCCCAUUCACAUACUGCUGGUCUCCGGCUCUUGUUCCUAAACCGUCAGAUUGGCCGUCUUAUGUUGAUGUCUGCGGCUUUUUCUUCCGUGAUGCCCCAGCAUACGACCCUCCAACUGAUCUCCAGGUCUUUUUAUCUUCUGGUCCCCCGCCGGUAUAUAUUGGCUUUGGGAGUAUUGUGCUUGAGGAUCCGGCCAAGGUGCAUGCAGCCAUUCUUGAUGCGAUCGACGCUGCUGGAGUUAGGGCCAUCAUCUCUCAGGGGUGGUCGAAUUUGGGCGGCAAAAAAAGCGAAAACGUAUAUCUCAUCGGAGAUUGCCCCCACGAGUGGCUGUUUCAACACGUUGCAGCGGUGGUACAUCAUGGAGGCGCUGGCACGACGGCUUGUGGGUUGCGAAAUGCAAAACCUACAGUCAUCAUUCCGUUCUUUGGAGAUCAACCAUUCUGGGGUGAUAUGGUGGCUGCAUCGGGCGCUGGUCCUGCCCCCAUUCCUCACAAAGAUCUCAAUGCCGAAAUUCUGGCGGAAGGAAUUCGAUAUUGUCUCACGGAUGAAGCAACCAGUGCCGCCUCUGUAAUUGCGGUCAAAAUUGCUUCUGAAACAGGAGUCCAAGCAGCCGUCAACUCCUUCCACUCGUGUCUUCCUUUGGAGAAUCUCUCCUGCGAUAUCUGUCCAGGGGUUCCUGCAGUGUGGUCUUAUCCCACAGGUGACACCCAAAUCAAACUGUCAAAAGUGGCGGCAGCCACACUCGUCGAAAAGAAAGUGAUUAAUCCGAAACGACUUAAACCACAUACGCUCAAAUCCCUUGUGAUUGAGAAUCGUCGAUGGGACCCUAUCACGGGCGGAAGCUCUGCCGUUAUGGGAACCACGACAGAGCUCCUUGAUUCCAUCUUGGGGGUCUUCUACAAGCCUGUUGAGGAGUAUAAGGACUACCAAAUGAGCCGCAGGGAUCUCACCUUGACUAGUAGCGCAAGCCAAUCCGCAGAAAGGCCAGCAAGCAGCUCCACCGGAGAGUACUCCAUGCAGAAGAAUAAAGCGGGUUCUACAAGAAGUAUCACUUCUUCAGAAAACCCCUCGCUGCACUCCCAACGGAAUGGAGCUAGGCUUGCAGGAAGAAUGGCUGGAGCUUCUGCGAAGAGUCUUGCCAAAUUUGUGCCGACUGCGCUGAAAGGAAUGACAGUCGACAUCCCGCUCGCUAUGACGGAAGGGAUGCGCAACGUCCCUCGAUUAUAUGGAGAAAAGCCACAGCACGAUGGAUCCGUCACUGAUGCCAAGAGCGGGUUUGUCCUCGGCGGCAAGGGGUUCGCAUUGGGGAUGGUGGAAGCAGUGGGCGAUUUGGUCGUGAAACCGUACGAAGGCAUCCGAGAAGAUGGAGCUCGGGGCGCUGUGACUGGUAUUGGUAAGGGUGUAGCAAAUAUGACGACGAAAGCUGGCUGUGCGAUGUUUGGUGUUGUGGUAUAUCCGGGUGUUGGUAUUGCCAAAAGCCUGAAAUCAGCUGUCUAUUCCGGGACGAAAAAGAAGAUUGCCAGCGCUCGUCACGCUGAGGGACAAUGGUUGUUGGCAGAUUAUGUGGAAGUUGAUAGCCUCAUUGUAAGAUUUCGAGGAAUGCUCAAAGGCAAGAAAGGCUGA